UGCUCGGCAUGCACGACCAUCCCAGCUGAGGCUCCGGAUAUGUGAGUGAGGCCAUUGUGGACCACCCAGUCUCAGCUCCACUGCUGGAUGACUAAGAGGCUGCAGAGCUGCAUGAAUGACCCCAGUACAUGUCAGGCAAGAAUCUAUUCACACAGACUAGACUUCGAAAGAUACCGGAUGGUCUGAGAAUCUUCAGUCUGGAAUUUAGCUUCCCUGCCCUGAACAGCAGAGCCUUCGCUGGUGUAAACGACUCGUACAGACCAAGGCACCAUCCACAAUCACGUCUUUUAUUUCCCCUGGACAACUGUGAUUAGAAAAGCUCCUGAGACAAAAUUCAAGAAAACUUGCUAUAAAUGAGUAACAACUCAACAUGUAUUCAACCAUCCAGGAUCUCUUCCAUGGCUUUACCAAUCAUUUAUACCUUCCUCUGCAUCAUUGGUCUCUUUGGAAAUUCUCUCUCUCAAUGGGUAUUAACAAAAAUAGGCAAGAAGACAUCGACGCACAUCUACCUAGCACAUCUUGUGACUGCAAACUUACUUGUGUGCAGUGCCAUGCCUUUCAUAGGUAUCUAUUUCCUGAAAGGUUUUCAAUGGGAGUAUCGAUCUGCACGAUGCACUCUGGUCAAUUUUUUGGGAACUCUAUCCAUGCACGUAAGUAUGUUUGUCAGCCUCUUAAUUUUAAGUUGGAUUGCCAUAAGCCGCUAUGCUACCUUAAUGAAAAAGGAUUCAGUUCAAGAGACCACUUCAUGCUAUGAGAAAGUAUUUUAUGGCCAUUUACUGAAAAAAUUUCGCCAGCCCAACUUUGCUAGAAAACUGUGUGUUUACAUAUGGGGAGUUGUACUCGGCGUAAUUAUUCCAGUUAUCAUAUACUACUCAGUUGUAGAGACUACAAAAGGAGAAGAGAACGUGUGCUAUAAUCGGCAGACAGAACUAGGAGCCAUGAUCUCUCAGACCGCAGGCCUCAUUGGAACCACAUUUAUUGGAUUUUCAUUUUUAGUCGUACUAACAUCAUACUACUCUUUUGUCAGCCAUCUGAAAAAAGUAAGGACCUGCACGUCCAUUAUGGAGAAAGAUUUGACUUACAGUUCUGUGAAAAGGCAUCUUUUGGUCAUCCAGGUUCUACUAAUAGUUUGCUUCCUUCCAUAUAGCAUUUUUAAACCCAUUUUUUAUGUUCUGCACCAGAGAGGGAACUGUCAGCAACUGAAUUAUUUAAUCGAAAUAAAAAAUAUCCUCACCUGUCUCGCAUCAGCCAGAAGCAGCACAGACCCCAUUAUAUUUCUUUUUUUAGAUAAAACGUUCAAAAAGACACUAUAUAAUCUCUUUACAAAAUCUGAUUCACCACAUCUACAACCCUAUGGUUGACUUCUGACUAGAAAACACCAGCAAAUAGGAGACUGUUUAUAUGGCGAUUAGGGAUACUUGACUACAUGAUUAACAGGUCACAGCUUGACUGAUAGCAGGCACUAAGAAACCCUCUUUGGUUUUAGAAAUAACCAUAAAAUUCACUUUCCAGCUCUACUAAUAUUGCAAGUUGAGAUGGCAGAGACUUUCAGAGGCAAAAGUCAAGCAUGUUAAAAGGAUCUCAGUGCAUCUGAAAACAAUAGACCAUUUUCUCUUUAAGCUCAACUGUGUAUGCUUUUAUUUAGAACACAACAUUUCAUGACUGUAGGAUAAAGCAGCAAAUGGUUUAUGACUUUCUCUGCUUUCUAGUAGUGGCAAUAUUAGGGCCCAUCUAGGCUUAGUGUUUUGUUGGUAACUUUAAAAAUGAGUUAAAAAAAAAAAAAAAGGGCAAUCAGAAAUGUCCUCACUGAAGUCCUAUCUAGAUGUAUGAAAAACAUUGUAAAAAUCCAAGGCUUUAUAAAUGCACUAUUUUGUACUGUCUGCUCAUGUUACUAUGAAAACCAAUAAUCAUUGAUUCCAAUAUUUAUCAAGCCAGUGAUUUUGUAAAUAUGCUUAAAUAUUUGGGUUAGGCUUGGUCGAAAUAAAGAGCUAAUACAAUGUCAUUAUAUGCUGAUCGUCAUCACAUCUUAUAAAUUCUCCUCUGUAUUCAAUAGAAAUAAUGUGAUUGAUAACAAAUAGUACCUGGCAUGUAGUUAUGUACGAUCAAUUUUUGUGAAAAUAAAUGAAUGAAUAAGAGCAGUAUAAUAGUAUUGUUGUUGAGAGAUUGGUCUCUGGAGUUAAGAGCCCCUGGGUUUGAUCCUAGCUGAAUCUUUUCUCUUAUUUAGUCAGACAGUCUUCAGCAACUUACUUGCCCUCUUAAAGUAUUAAGUUCUUCAUUUGUAGAAUGGAAAAAUACUAUGUAAUUCAGAGGUACUAUUAUUAAAUCAGAUGAUGUUACUAUUAUGAGGAGCUGUCCUUUACUAAGCAUUUGCUAUGUGCCAGGCACUCUGCCUCUAUGUUUUGCAUGUAUUUUAAUGGUUACCACCAUAAAGGAUGCCAAUUUGCUGAUGAAAAAAUGGAAGUACAUAGAUA